CAAAGAUGCCUACUCACACCCUUAACGAGCUGCCUGCCAACAUUCUUACCAGAAUAAUAGCUUUCUUGUGCCAGGACAUAGCCCACGAGCAUGCUGUCCUCGCUGAUUACUGGGAGGCAAUGCGCAUCGCCACCGUCUGCCGCCACUGGAAGUUUUGUAUGCCACCACAUGCCUAUCGGUUUGUUUUUGUCCAGCGAACGAUUAUACACACCCAUCCUGAGCAGCGCAGCAAGGAUGUCGGGCAGGUAGUGUGGGUUUCCAACAUCACAUCGCUCCUCUGUCAGCAAAACCCACACUUGCCAACCAUUCUGCGUGUCAUCAUGAGCGACGACUACACCGGGCCCCUCCGACUCACAACCGCACUUGGUGCCCUUGGUCUCACAUCACCACCCUGGGAUAGGCUGGACACGAUCCAAUUCUAUGGCAAAGGCAUUUUAAGGUCGGGAACAGACUGUCACACUUUGGACAUGCAGAAAGAUGCCAAUGCCUUUUUCGAUUUCAUUCGGCACAGCUACCAAACCCUGAAAGCAAUUGGGCUACAUGCAGCUAUUCCCCCGCACACCGAUGAUACUCUGGGAGCCCCUCCCUCUCCUACUACAUCCGAACCAUUCAACUAUACCAUAUCACCACACUACCAGACGCUGCUCUCGAGAUUUGCUCGCCGCCUUUCCUCUCUCCAGUGUUUCCAGCCAACGACUUUGACAUUCCACGCGCCAGCAACUCUUAUGCUGGCUUCGCUUGAGCUUGACGAGAGCUGCUUCCGGGUUCUUGCACCUGAGGUAUACUUUGAGUGUUUGAAUCUUCGGAAGCUGAGACUGCUUAAUAUAGAGAACGAGGUGCCGGUGGGAAUCUUUAAACAUGGCUUUGCUUGGACGGGCCCUCUCAGCCGACUCACUGAACUCCAGCUCCACUUUAAGAGCGGGUCUGAUUCUCAGCAGCAAACCCUGGCCCUUCCUGCCCAUCUCUUGCGCACAUUUCCAAAACUCUCAAAGCUGCUGGUUAGCCAAUCCACCGGUGUGUAUCGGGAUGCAUACUCCUCAUUCCAAAACGCGCCGCUGAGGCUGCUGCAGAUCAACGAGAACUACCGUAAACUCGCCCAAAUCGACACUGGCAUUAUUCGCAACAUUAGCUGCCUUCACCUAAAGACUAUUUUACCUGGUGGGGGUAGCAAGGUGAAUGAUCCUGCACACUUUGUCACCCGGUUCUAUCUAGCUGACUCCUCGGUUCGGAGAGCUCUACUUCAGACCAUGGUGCCCUUUCCAACACGCCUUUGCUGGCAUAGCCUCGUAUGUCUUUCGUUGGACACAGACAUCGCGCCAGUGGCACUCAUCAAACAGCUGCUGGGACAGUUGGUCCUACUGAAAUACCUCCGAAUUUCAUGCACGACAAUGGACCCAGAUGAUAGGGAUUCCUACUACUGGAGAGAGAGCUACAUGUCGGAGGAUACUUGCGAUGCUAUUCCACCAACUGGUCAUAGCGCUAUCCGGCUGGACGAUCUACAAACCUCGAGCGACAUCCGGACAACGAACAAGAGCUUACAGGUUUUCGGCAUGCGUGCCACAAGCCACUUCGAUGAAGCAGCCAUAUCUAGAUUGCUUCUCUCUCUUCCGGCACUCCAGCAACUUGCCGUGAAUACUGAGCAUGCCGAUGUAAUCCGGAGCAAUAUAGAACGGAUACAGUCGGAUGUUGUUGUAUGCGAGUACUCAGAGAUUAGCCGCUACUUUAGACUCUACUAGUGGCCUUAAACAUGUGUGCUGUGC